AUGAGCGGUGCUCAGCCUUCAGAUCUGCAUCUGGACUUUGAAACAAGGAAACAACUCACCCAACAUCUUAAACAGAUCGCACUUGCGGCCAGUGGAUGGACACUAUGGACAAGGUGUUUCGAGCUCAUUAAGUUGCAGCGAAAGGACAUCACGCUUGAUGUGACAAUGUUGGACGGUGUGCUGAAAUCAUACCUCGCAAAUGAGAUGCUGACUAUGAGUGACCGUGCAUCUUACUUUGAGAUCUUCCUCUCAAACCGGAAGGGAUGGCAACAGAAAGUCGACAAGGGCCAGUUGGGAGCAAAUCACUACAAGAUAUAUCCGCGUCCUGAGAUGCUGGCCUGCGACAAUUUCUUCUGGAUGUUAGUGUGGAUCAAGUGGCUUGAAUUUUUUCACUAUGGACGGACCCUUCACCCAAAUGACUUCCUAUUCCCUGUGAUGGGUGCAAACAGUUUUGUCCACCCCGGACAGCCAAUCUCUCACGAUACUGUACAAAAAUGGAUCAACAAGUCAACUGCUGGUGCUGGCAUCCUUGGUAACUUCUCAACUCACUGCUUUCAUCGUGGAGGCGCACAGUACUGGUUUAUGUUCGCUCCUGUAGGCCAACGAUGGACACUUGCUAAAGUCCGCUGGUGGGGUGGAUGGGCUGAAGGGGAGCAUCGUGAUACACUUGUUCGCUACCUCCUCGAUGAACUACAUGCAUAUGAAACUGACUACAGUGAUGCUCUUGCCCCCAUCUCCCGUGGUGCCGAUGUCUCCCUUGCCGGUGAACACGCUCUUGCAAGGCCAGCAUCCACUGAAGAACUUCACAUGGUCCAUGCAUCCGUCGCAGCAGACGUCAAUGGCCUGCGCAAUGACAUCAGUUCAGUCAAUAACUCAUUGCGCUCGCUAACAAACAUAGUUGUGCAGGCUGCCUGCACCACAGCAACCGCUCUACAGCAUCCUGAUUCCUCACGAUUCUCUGUUGUAUCUGACUCGUCCUGCACAGAAACUCCGAGUCCAUCUUAUGCUCCACCUGUUGGAGGAGUGAGUAUCACAGCUGUCAGUGUGCAGCUGCUCGUACUAUCUCAGCCUGUUGCCAGCAAAAUCGCUACCUCACAUUCCACCCAUGUCAAGGCAUCAUCACCAUCAGCCCGCAUCACUUCAUGGCAACUUCCUACACCUGGCCUUACCAAGUCCUGGAAGGACAUUGUCACACAUUGGCUUGUCGGUGAUCCUGACCAAGGACUGACGACACCGCUCAAGGAUUGGCCAAGGGAGUGGUACCAAGGUGCCAAUCGACAGUUUGCAUCAAAGUAUCACCAGAGGGCGACCAUCGCAUUGGAGUUCAUCAAUCAGUAUGACUCAAAUGAGGCACACUUCCUCGCAGCUUAUCCGGAGGCUGAACUGGGGCACACACAAUUGUUAAAGGCUGUGAACAAGUGGCCCGGGAAAGACGAGUCCAUACUCCAAGUCCUCUUCGAUGAUCUCCCAGUCAAACAGACCUUUUACCUUGAACCUACUAUGCGCGUUGCAAAGCAUUUCAUUGACACCGUCAUCCCGUUGGAGAAAUGGGACUGUCCAGCAAACGUCACCGUCGACACACUCGGCACAUCUCUCAACGAUUUCUCAACUAUAGUCUUCGUAAUAGACAUUCGACAGCUCGAGACUCCGAGUGUCAUAUGCCUUCUGGUUCUCCAUAGCAGCAGCCUUGAUGAAAAGCAUCCAAAUACUUUCGAAGUGGUGAUUACAACUAUAGAUCGCGCUGCGUCUUCGAGGUCACAGUGA